AGGGAGGACAGAGGGUCCCUCGGCCAAACUCUCUGCGGGAAUUGGGGCUGGGGGCAGGCGGGGGUCACCCCCGCGGGACGGGGCGAUGCUCGGUCCAUGAUCUGGCUGCUCCUUCUUGCCCUGCCCGGGGGUCCCGAGCAGAGGGGCGCCCCGUGGGGCGGCCAGGGUGGGGCAGGAGCUGCCCAGCGCCUCCGCAGAGCAUCUCAGCCCAGACGGCUCCGUCGCUGUCAUGCCAGGGCUCCGGGAUUACAGCGCUGCUGCUCAAAUCCCGUCUCCAUCCGCGCCGUGCCCAGCCAAUGACCUCGGCGCUGGCACGCAGGGCCUUCCUCCGCGGGGAGCGGAGAUGAUAAAGCCCUCCCCGACCCCGCUCGGCGCGGCUCUGUCUCAGCCGAGCGCCGUGGAUGCUCCGAGGAUGACAUCCCCGCACACGGAGGACGGGAUGGACGGGAUGGACGGGGAGAGCUUCGCCCAGGUGGACAAGUACCUGUACCACAUGCGGCUCUCGGACGAGACCCUGCAGGAGGUGUCCCAGCGCUUUGAGAAGGAGAUGGAGAAGGGGCUGGGGGCAGACACCAACCCCACGGCCUCCGUGAAGAUGCUGCCCACCUUCGUCAGGUCCACGCCGGAUGGGACAGAGGACGGGGAUUUCCUGGCACUGGACCUGGGUGGCACCAACUUCCGAGUGCUGCGGGUGAAGGUGUCGGACAACGGGCUGCGCAAGGUGGAGAUGGAGAACCAGAUCUACGCCAUCCCCGAGGAGCUCAUGAGGGGCAGCGGGGUGCAGCUUUUUGACCACAUUGCUGAGUGUUUGGCCAACUUCCUGGACAAGCUGCAGAUCAAAGACAAGAAGCUCCCCCUUGGCUUCACCUUCUCCUUCCCGUGUCACCAGACCAAGCUGGACGAGAGCAUCCUCGUGACUUGGACCAAGGGCUUCAAGUGCAGCAGCGUGGAGGGCAGGGACGUGGUGUCCCUGCUGCGCAAGUCCAUCAAGAAAAGAGGGGACUUUGACAUCGACAUCGUGGCCGUGGUCAACGACACCGUGGGCACCAUGAUGACCUGUGGCUACGAUGACCAGAACUGUGAAGUUGGCCUCAUUGUUGGAACGGGCACCAACGCCUGCUACAUGGAGGAGAUGAGGCACAUCGACCUGGUGGAAGGGGACGAGGGCAGGAUGUGCAUCAACAUGGAGUGGGGGGCCUUUGGUGACGACGGGGUGCUCAACGACAUCCGCACCGAGUUCGACCGCGAGAUCGACAUGGGCUCGCUCAACCCUGGCAAACAAUUGUUUGAGAAGAUGAUCAGCGGGAUGUACAUGGGGGAGCUGGUCAGGCUCAUCCUGGUGAAGAUGGCCAAGGAAGGGCUGCUGUUUGGGGGAAGGCUCACGCCAGAUCUGCUCACCACGGGCCACUUCGAGACCAGAUUCGUCUCUGCCAUUGAGAAGGAGAAGGAGGGGCUGCAGAAAGCCCACGAGAUCCUGAGCAAGCUGGGCCUGGAGCCGUCGCACGAGGACUGCGUGGCCACGCUGCGCAUCUGCCAGAUCGUGUCGACGCGCUCGGCCGCGCUGUGCGGGGCCACGCUGGCCGCCGUGCUGCGCCGCCUCCGCGACAACAAGGGCGGCGACAGGCUGCGCUCCACCGUGGGCGUGGACGGCUCCGUGUACAAGAAACACCCGCACUUUGCCCGGCGCCUCCACAAGACCGUGCGGAAGCUGCUGCCGGACUGCGAGAUCCGCUUCAUCCGCUCCGAGGACGGCAGCGGCAAAGGGGCGGCCAUGGUGACAGCGGUGGCCUACAGGCUGGCCGCGCAGCACAAGGCCCGCCAGGAGAUCCUGGAGCCCCUCAAGCUGAGCCACGAGCAGCUGCUGGAGGUGAAGGAAAGGAUGAGGAUAGAGAUGGAGAAAGGGCUGGGCAAGGAGACGCACGCGGAGGCGACGGUGAAAAUGCUGCCCACCUACGUGUGCUCCACUCCCGAUGGAACAGAAAAGGGAGAUUUCCUCGCCCUGGACCUGGGAGGAACCAACUUCCGCGUGCUGCUGGUGCGCGUCAGGAACGGCAUGCGGCGCGGCGUGGAGAUGCACAACAAGAUCUACUCCAUCCCCGUGGAGAUCAUGCAGGGCACGGGAGAGGAGCUCUUUGACCACAUUGUCCACUGCAUCUCCGACUUCCUGGAGUACAUGGGAAUGAAGGGCGUGUCGCUGCCGCUGGGAUUCACCUUCUCCUUCCCUUGCCAGCAGAACAACCUGGACGAGGGAAUUCUCCUCAAGUGGACAAAAGGUUUCAAGGCGACGGGCUGCGAGGGAGAGGACGUGGUGGGGCUGCUGAAGGAGGCCAUUCACAGGAGAGAGGAAUUCGACCUGGACGUGGUGGCAGUGGUCAAUGACACUGUUGGCACCAUGAUGACCUGUGGGUACGAGGAUCCCUACUGUGAAGUCGGGCUGAUUGUCGGCACGGGCAGCAACGCCUGCUACAUGGAGGAGAUGAGGAACGUGGAGCUGGUGGAAGGGGACGAGGGCAGGAUGUGUGUCAACAUGGAGUGGGGGGCCUUUGGGGACAGCGGGUGCCUGGAUGACAUUCGGACGGAGUUCGACCGGGCGGUGGAUGAGCUGUCCCUCAACCCUGGCAAGCAGAGGUAUGAGAAGAUGAUCAGUGGGAUGUACCUGGGGGAAAUCGUCCGCAACAUCCUGAUGGACUUCACCAAGAAAGGGCUGCUCUUCCGGGGACGCAUCUCGGAGAGGCUGAAGACCAGGGGGAUCUUUGAGACCAAGUUCCUGUCCCAGAUAGAGAGCGACUGCCUGGCCCUGCUGCAGGUGCGCUCCAUCCUGCAGCACCUGGGCCUGGAGUCCACGUGCGACGACAGCAUCAUCGUCAAGGAGGUGUGCACGGUGGUGGCGCGGCGCGCGGCGCAGCUCUGCGGCGCCGGCAUGGCCGCCGUGGUGGACAAGAUCCGCGAGAACCGCGGCCUGGACUUCCUCAAAAUCACCGUGGGCGUGGACGGGACGCUCUACAAGCUGCACCCUCACUUCUCCACGGUCUUGCAGGAGACAGUGAAGCAGCUGUCCCCCAAGUGUGAAGUGACCUUCCUGCAGUCGGAGGACGGCAGCGGCAAAGGCGCCGCGCUGAUCACGGCCGUGGCCUGCCGCAUCCGCGAGGCCGGCCAGCGGUAGAGGGAAGCAGGUUUGCCCAAGAGCUUGGUUUCAGCAGAGCAGGACGUUUCCUCACCCCACCCCUCCCUCCCUCCGCACACACUCACGCACCCCCUCCCCUCCGAGCAGACUCGUAGCUUUACUCGUUCUCCGAGGCACCGCGGUGGGACUGCAGGCGCCGUGGGCUCUGUACCAAGUGUUGUCGUAGGAGUUUCCUUGCAUGCCAUGAAACCAGCUGUCGAGCAAAGCUCACAGCGUCUUUUGGCUUCUCCCCGCAUUUCCAGGUGGAGCUGGAGCUGUCCCACCUCUGUCACACUCCGCUCUCCUCACCCUGGCCCUCCCCUAGCAGCAGUA